AUGAAUACUAACUCAAGAUACAAUUCAUCAGUUCCUCUUGCUACCUCUAUUCCUAAUAUAUCAACUAAUAAUGUUUCUUUCCAUCAACAUCAUCCAUCAACACCUCCAUCUAAUAACACUUCCUAUCAAUAUCCUAAAUUAACACCUCUGCCUAAUAUCGCUUCUUCUCAUCCUCAAUCAACACCUCCACCUAAUAUUACUUCUUCCUAUCAACAUCCUCAAUCAACAUAUCUACAUAAUAUCGAUUCUUCUCAUCAAUAUCCUCAAUCAACAUCUAAUAUCGCUUCUUCUUAUCAACCAUUUUAUCCAACUUAA